AUGCUCAUGGAGGACAACAUCAUCUCCGGUGGCGGCGGCGUCGCCACCAGUGGCCCAUCAUCAACAUCAUCAACAACAACAACAACUACCACAACGCCACAAUCACAAUCACCAACAACAACGACAACAAAAAAGAUAAGGAUCAUUGUAAGAUAUCAACAAGUGGAACAGUUCAUCAGUUGGUAUGGUACAUCAAUCCCAGCACAGACAAUAGAGAAUGCCAUACGCACCGUAUUCAAUCUAUCGGCCAACGCCAGACUGUUCCUCAAGGAUGAGGACGAUGAUGUCGUGGCAAUCGCGCCAACACUUCCACCUGGUGUAACAUUCAAUCUCUACGUAGUCAGUGAAGACAUGAACAACUUUAACAACAACAAUGGUCCCGCGCUGGGGUCUCAAGUUGUCCAGGCAUCAUCAUCAUUAUCAACCAAUAAUGAUCAAUCAAUCAAACAAUCAUUGAUUGAGAAUGAUGUGACAUCUGAUGUUGCCGAACAAGUUGGAACAAUAUCAAACAUUGUUGUGGCACAAUCGGAUAAUGGAGCGUCCAGCGAGUCACGUCCAAGCUCAAACAAACGUGAUCUUGAGACGGCCGAUCAGUCUGUCGCCUCGACAGAGGACGACGACGAGGAGGCACGCAAGAAGAGGAGGAGAAGAAAGGCAAUCGAGAUUGAUAGGAGCUUCAAGUGCUCGAUGGCCAACUGCCAAAAGGUGUAUGGCUCUGAGAAUGCUCUCAAGAUGCACAUUAAAUUGAAGCAUCCAGAGUACCAGUACCUCAUCCUGCAGCAACCCAUCCCACUCCAUCAGAAGCCUCCCUCAAUAGUUGUCAACAACAAGAUGUUGUCCAACAGCAACAACACUGCCUCUUCAUCGACCUCUACAUCCGGCAGCCCUUCUUCGUCCUCACCCAACUCGACCCCCACGUACCAAGUCCACUCAUUCUCGGCCGCGGCGUCGACCAAUCAGUCAUCCACCCAGCAGCAGAAUGGAUAUGCACCACGCAUUGCCACCUCUCUGUUGGUCACUCCAAGGGUUGGAAGCACAUCCUCGAACAAUGAAGCGCAUCAUCAUCAGCAUCAAUACUCGAGCCAGAGCCAGCCAACGUUCCACUCGUCCACCAACAAGGACAUCUUCCUGGUGUCCAAGCAAUCGACCACGCCCUCCCAAGCAUUCGCUGGCAGCAUCAUCAAGCAGCAGCUGCUGAACAAGCAACACCAACACCAGCUUCAUGAGCAAUUCUUUGAUAUGCUCGGUAGCAGUGGAAGCAGCAGCGGUGGCAGCAGCAAUGGAGGCAGCAAGACGCCAUCACCAAAGGGUAGAUCACCAGCGUCCUCGCCACCACCAUCCUAUUCAUCUCCUUCGCCAUCACCAUCUGGCGUGAUGGAUCACCAAGAGAAGAUGAACAAGGAGUAUCUGUCAUCUCUGUCGCGCCUCGGAGGUAGUCAGCAACAACAAUUCUCAAACAACAACAGUAGCGGCAAUAGUAGGAGGACAACCUUGCCACCUCCACAUUACUACAUGGACGGAGAGAAGGGAGAGCUGAGUAGUGGCAUGCACAACAACAACAGUUUGCACAACAUCAACCAACACUAUGCCAGACUUCACCAGCUACCAUCUUCCAACAUUAUCAACAACAACAACAUGAUGAUGAUGGGCAGCAGCAACAACAGUAGUCAGUAUAGCAACAACGUUGGUAGCAAUGCCAAGGGCCAUCUCUCUUUUCUAGUGUCGGAUACCAACGACACUCUUCUCUCCUCUUCUUCCAACAACUGUAUCAAAUCCAACCAGAUGUCGUCGUCGUCGUCGCACUCUAACACUGCACAGCGCUAA